GAGGAAGAGUACCCCAGGGAGGGUGCCCCCUCUGACUUCACGGACGCUUACACGGACAAGGAGGAUGACGAGUGCGACCUCCAGGACUAUGUCGCCAGCAACCCUGUCCCCUUCCAGCUUCUGUCCUGUUGCCUGAUUUUGGGUGGCGUGGUCCUGAUGAACUAUGGUUUCAGCGCGCAAACUCUCCGUACGUCCCUCAUGGUGGACCGCUCGGAAGAGGGAUUCUGCUGCUGGCGGCAGAACCCCGCACCAUUCUACGCAGGCGAUCCUUGCGCAUGUCCCACAGAACAUCGAGGUGAUUACUCGUGCCCGCCGGAUGGCUGCACAGAUGGUAACGAAAUCUGGCAGAGGGGCCCCGGAACGGAGAGCAACACAAAGGCCUUUUGCCAUCAGUUUGUGGAGGUCGCUUCCUGGUGCCCCAGUGCUCGCAGCUUCAGUUCACCCCUGUCGCCUGCCGCAGCGCCGGCUGGGACACCCGCCCCAACGCCUGCGCCUGGGUUCUGCUGCUAUCGCGACCAUCCGGCUCCGGGCUACUAUGGAGAGCCGUGUGGAUGUCCAACCGAGCACCGCGGAGAUUACACCUGCCCCGAAGAGGGCUGUACCGACUCCACAGGGGCUCGUUGGCGCCGCGGCGAGACUGCACCUUUCGCCAAUACCCAAGCGUACUGUAGCAGUAUGGACAGCACCGCAGCAUGGUGUCCGAGUCGGUAG